CCUGCCCUUCCCGCAGCAGCCACACCUCGGCCCCGCCUGCUGCCCGGCGGCACCGCAGGUGCCAGCCCUGGGGGGACGCCAGCCCUGGAGGGAUGCCAGCAAGGGCGCCACGGAUCCCAGCCCAGGGCGAGAAGGAGGGGCGGUGGCAGCCCUGGGAGGGCUACCCGCCCUCGAGGGCCGGAUCCCAGCGCAGUGGCCCCUCCAGCUCCGGGGCCCACCCCCGCCGCUCCUCAGGGCGGCACCGCCCACCCUGCCCGGCGCUCCGCGGCCGCUGCGGCUCCCCGCUGCCUACGACUCCCAGGAUGCCCCGGAGCGGGGAACCCCGCCCCCUGCCGCCCGCGCGCCCUGUCGCGUAAAAGGUGACCCUGCCGUCACUUCCAGCGCGCGGUGCAGGCCGGGAAUGCGAGUCGCGAUUGGCCGGCGCGCGCGCCCCGCUUUCCAGCGCGCUGGGGAGCAGGAAGCAGUAACGGCGGACUGAGCGCGGCGGGGCGAGCGGCUCCUCGCAACUAGUCUUUUUGCCAUGGAAGCUGAAGAAACAAUGGAAUGUAUCCAGGAAUUCCCUGAACACUAUAAAGUUAUUUUAGAUAGACUGAAUGAACAACGUGAGCAAGACCAGUUUACAGAUAUCACUUUGAUUGUUGAUGGUCACCAUUUCAAAGCUCAUAAGGCUGUACUUGCUGCCUGUAGCCAGUUCUUCUACAAAUUCUUCCAAGAUUUCACUCAGGAGCCCUUGGUGGAAAUUGAAGGUGUAAGUAACAUGGCAUUUCGUCAUCUAAUUGAGUUCACCUAUACUGCAAAACUAAUGGUCCAAGGUGAGGAAGAAGCAAAUGAUGUUUGGAAGGCAGCUGAGUAUCUACAGAUGUUAGAAGCAAUCAAAGCACUUGAAAUCAGGAACAAAGAAAAUUCAUCACCCUUAGAAUCGAAUCAAGCACAAGGUAAAAAUAAACCAAAAAAGAGGAAGAUAGCUGAAACCUCUAACGUUAUUACAGAAACACUGCCAUCUGCAGAAUCAGAGCCUGUUGAAAUUGAGGUUGAGAUUGCUGAAGGGACGAUUGAGGUGGAAGAUGACAGCAUUGAAACACUUGAAGAAGUGGCUUCUGCAGAGCAAUCCAUAAAGUACAUACAGACAACGGAUACAUCAGAUGAAUCUGCCUUGGCUCUUUUGGCAGAUAUCACCAGCAAGUAUCGUCAGGGAGAGAGAAAAUGCCAGAUCCAAGAAGAAGGUGAUAGUGCAACUGAUCCCUCAUGCAAACAGGUAGAAGGUAUUGAAAUUGUGGAACUUCAGCUGUCGCACGUGAACAAUUUAUUCCACUGUGAGAAAUGUAACCGUUCGUUUAAAUUGUUUUACCAUUUUAAGGAACACAUGAAAACACACUCUACUGAGAGUUACAAGUGUGACAUAUGCAAUAAAAGGUACCUACGAGAAAGUGCUUUGAAACAGCAUCUCACCUGUUACCAUCUUGAUGAAGGUGGUGCCAGCAAGAAGCAAAGACCUGGUAAAAAGAUACAUAUAUGCCAGUACUGUGAUAAGCAGUUUGACCACUUUGGACAUUUCAAAGAGCACCUUCGGAAGCACACAGGUGAAAAACCAUUCGAAUGUCCAAACUGCCAUGAACGUUUUGCUAGGAAUAGCACACUCAAAUGUCAUCUGACGGCCUGUCAGUCUGGAGCUGGAGCUAAAAAGGGAAGAAAGAAGCUGUAUGAAUGUCAGGUUUGUAACAGUGUGUUUAACAGCUGGGAUCAAUUCAAAGAUCACUUGGUAAUACACACAGGUGACAAACCCAACCACUGUACCCUAUGUGAUUUGUGGUUUAUGCAAGGCAGUGAGCUGAGAAGGCAUCUCAAAGAAGUGCACAGUAUUUCAGAACGAAUAGUGACAGAAGAGCUUAUUCCAGUGGAAGCUGUGGAAGCCGAGCCAGUAACAUCAAUGACUAUAAUAGAACAAGUGGAGCAAGUCCAUGUCCUACCAGUAAUUCAGGUACAAGUGGACCCUGCACAGGUAACUGUGGAACAGAUGCACCAGGAUCUCAUACAGGAUGGUCAAGUGAAAGGCACACAGAUAGAGGAACUGCAAGAACAGGUGCAAAUUAGUUACUUGGAAGUUGAACAUAUUCAGACUGAACAAGGUGCUGAAGUUCAUGUGGAGCAGUUACAUGUUGAACAUGUAAAUCAAAUACAGAUGGAAGAGGUACAGGCAGAACUCAUAGAUGGAACAGGCCUGGAACAAGUAAAAUAUGAAAGCGCUGAUCAAGGAGAAGCAGAGGAAAAGGAACCUUAUCAAGGAGAUGAUGUAGAUAAGGAAGAUUCAGAACAAGAUGAAGACUUAAAAACUUCAAAGUUAAUGGACACAGAGAAAGAAAAAGGCGAUGACUACGACAAAUAACCAUGCUAUGUGGUUUAGGAAUGAAAUACCAAAUUAUUUUUGUUAAUUUUUACAUUGUUUUUUGCACCGUCAGUGGUCAACCUUCCAAUAUGCUGUCCUUAGGAAGCUGGACAAGUGGACCAAAAUUAGCUUUUUUCAUGUGCAACUAAACUUCUCUCGUGUGAAAAAUAACUUUCCCAUUCAUGCAAUACUAUGGAACAGAAACUACCACAGACACGGACAGCUUUCUGAGGAUUUUAAUAAUCAUAGACUCAUUGAAUGCUUUGGGUUGAAGGGGAUAUUGAAGAUCAUCUGGUUCCAACCCCCCUGCCAUGAGCAGGGACACCUUCCACUAGACCAGAUUCCUCGAUGAAUAACUUUUAUCGUUACACCAUCCCUGGUUAUAUCUGAGAGUAACUUCACCUCUUUUCCUCUUGCAAUAGAAGCAAACUCUUGUUAUAGAUUUGCACAGUGUCUGUGGCAAAAGAAUCUGUAAAAUCUGUUUUGUUCUAUGGUAAGUUACAGUUGGGUACCUGUGAAUUUGUGGAUUGGACUACUUACUGUAUCAUAACAGUAGUCUGUGACUUUCAGCUUGGGGAUAAAAAUGUUGUUGCUAGAGGUCUUUGAGCACAAAAAUCCUGUGCCUUUUCAACACUGACUGGUUAAAUUUCCAUGAAGAUCCAGAGUGUUCAAGAAGUUAGUUCAGUUAAAGGCAAUGUAGGUAGACUUAUAGCGCUUUAUAUUUUUGCUUAAAAUUGUCAGCUUCUGGGGUUGGGUAUUUUUUGUGUUGCAUUUAGAGGUGGGAGGCUGAGGGAAGAAACAGGUUCCCUGUAGAGGCAGCAGGACAUUCUACAAGGGACAUGUUAAAAAAGCGCGGUAGAAUCUGUGGUAAACGUGCUGGAAGAAAGCUACCAACAGACUCUUGUUUUAGGAAUCAUCUUUUUUUUUUACAAUGAUUUACGUUUAAACAUAAAUAUAUAGGAGACUUGUCGUAUCAGGUUCCUGUUUUUUUGAAAUUAAAUUCUGACAUUUGACACAAAGAUGUGCUAAACAAAAAAGCCAUAGGUAUGAGUGCUAAACUGUGGAUUGAAAUUAAGAAUGUAAAUAAUUUAAUCAAGAUUGAACAAUAAAACAAUACCAACCCUAAAA